AUGCCGUCGUUCCCCAUCUUAAACAGCUUUAGGAAGCUGUGUGGAUCAAGUCAGACUGAAGAACUGGUGCUGGAAAAGGUGAAAUUCCGAAAUUCAGUCAAAAGAAUGUCAAUUAUUGAGGAUGGGGAUAUUGCAGAGGUCUUGUAUCUCAUUCCUAAACAGAGCUUGCUGAAGCAACUGCCCUACUUGAAUCCAGAUGACUACUACUUAUGUGAGCGGUUAUUUGAUGCUCCUGAGGAUCUGGUGGCCCAUCCUCAGGAGCCUCACCACCCCUCUGAGAAGCCGGUCAUCCACUGCCAUAAGUGUGGGGAGCCAUGCAAAGGGGAAGUGCUCCGUGUUCAGGCCAGACACUUCCACAUCAAAUGCUUCACCUGCAAAGUGUGUGGCUGUGACCUGGCACAAGGAGGCUUCUUCAUUAAGAAUGGAGAAUAUCUUUGCACCUUGGAUUACCAGCGCAUGUACGGUACCCGCUGCAACGGCUGCGGGGAGUUCGUGGAAGGCGAAGUGGUGACAGCUCUGGGAAAAACUUACCAUCCAAGCUGCUUUGCCUGUACUGUUUGCAAGCGUCCAUUUCCACCAGGCGACCGAGUUACCUUUAAUGGAAGGGACUGUCUCUGUCAGAUGUGUGCUCAGCCAAUGUCCUCCAGUCCAAAAGAACUGUCAGCCUCAAGCAAUUGCGCUGGCUGUGGAAGAGACAUAAAAAAUGGACAAGCAUUGCUAGCUCUGGAUAAGCAGUGGCACCUGGGGUGCUUCAAGUGCAAGGCCUGUGGGAAGGUCCUCACCGGGGAAUACAUCAGCAAAGAUGGUGCUCCUUACUGUGAAAAGGACUAUCAAGUUCUUUUUGGAGUCAAGUGUGAAGCAUGUCACCAAUUCAUUACUGGGAAAGUCCUUGAGGCGGGUGACAAGCAUUAUCAUCCAAGCUGUGCACGAUGCAGCAGGUGCAACCAAAUGUUCACAGAAGGAGAAGAAAUGUAUCUACAAGGUUCGACUGUCUGGCAUCCCGACUGUAAGCAAUCCACCAAGACUGAAGAGAAGCUACGGCCUACAAGAACAUCAUCAGAAAGCAUUUAUUCCAGACCAGGUUCCAGUAUACCUGGCUCUCCAGGCCACACUAUCUAUGCAAAAGUAGACAAUGAAAUCCUUGAUUACAAGGAUUUAGCAGCCAUUCCCAAAGUCAAGGCCAUUUAUGACAUUGAACGUCCAGACCUAAUUACUUAUGAGCCAUUCUACACCUCCGCCUACGAGGACAGACAGGAGAGACAGAGUCUUGGAGAGUCUCCAAGGACUUUAUCUCCUACCCCUUCUGCAGAAGGUUAUCCAGAUGUUCGGGAUCGCAUGAUUCACAGGUCUACUAGUCAGGGCUCCAUUAAUUCUCCCGUGUACAGUCGUCACAGCUACACACCCACCAUGUCACGUUCCCCUCAGCAUUUCCACAGACCUGAGCUGCUCGCUACUGGUGUGCAGCGCUUGUCAUACCUGCGCACGAGCAGUCUCAGCUCCUCUCACCAUGACUCCCGCCCCAACUCCCCCUUCCGACACCACUUCAUCCCCCAUGUCAAAGGCAAUGAGCCGUCCAGCGGUCGGAACUCCCCUGUCCCCUUCCGGCCCGACAGCCGCCCUCUCACUCCAACUUACGCUCAGGCCCCUAAACAUUUCCAUGUUCCAGAUCAAGGUGUCAACAUUUACAGAAAACCACCCAUCUACAAGCAACAUGAUGCAGCUGCUUUGGCAGCACAGAGCAAGUCCUCCAAGGAUAUCAUCAAGUCCUCCAAGUUCCCAGCAGCUCAUGCACCAGCACCCAACGAGAUACCAAAGAUUGAGACUGACCACUGGCCAGGUCCUCCCUCCCUUGCGGCCAUAGGAGCUGACAUGAGACGCAGAUCAAGUGGAAGAGAGGAAGAUGAUGAGGAGCUACAGAGACGCCGGCAGCUGCAGGAGGAGCAGCUCAUGAAGCUCAACUCUGGUCUGGGACAAUUGAUAUUGAAAGAAGAGAUGGAAAAGGAGAGUCGUGAUAGGUCAGCCCUUUCUGCCAGUCGUUACGAUUCCCCAGGUAAUUCAUCCUCCAAAACCUCUUCUCUCCCUGGCUAUGGAAAAAAUGGACUUCACAGGCCGGUGUCUACAGAUUUUGGUCAGUACAACAGUUAUGGGGAUGUGAGUGGUGGUGUUAGAGAUUUCCAGUCCCUUCCGGAUGGUCAUGUCCCUGGAAUGAGAAUGGACAGAGGAGUAUCUAUGCCUAACAUGUUGGAGCCAAAGAUUUUUCCAUAUGAAAUGCUCAUGGUGACCAACAGAGGGCGAAAUAAAAUACUAAAAGAUGUAGACAGAACCAGGCUGGAGCGCCACUUAGCACCUGAAGUUUUUCAAGACAUAUUUGGCAUGACGAUACAGGAGUUUGACAAGUUACCCCUCUGGAGACGCAACGACAUGAAGAAAAAAGCAAAACUCUUUUAAUCUUCCUUUAAACAAACCAACAAAAAAUGAUGUGUAGGAUAUUGUAUCAUACAGUCCGAACUAUUUGGAAGCAACUACUUAUGCACCAAAAAGGGAAAAUGACCUAGUGGCACCUCUGUACAGAGCCAUUGAACAAGAUGAACAUUUGCCCUCCUGGAAUGCAGGGAGAAAAUCAUGUGGGCUCAGAAAGAGCAAUGAGAGUUUUCAGAGGUGUCGACCUGUUAAAUGAUAUUAUACAAGAUAGGAAACUGUUCUGUUCUUCUCCCUCAGUGAUAUUCCCUUUACUUCUCUCCACAAUAUGAUGGACUUUAUUGCUAGAGCCAGGAAGUGCCCUUAGGAUGCCUUGUAGACUAAAGUAGUUGUAAUCACUCCAAGAACUGGAAAAGGAUAUAUAUAUAUAUAAAUAUAUAUAUAUGUGUGUGCAUGUUUGCGUGUGCGCACAUGUAUUUAUAUCUAUCCAUCUAUCAAUGUAUGUGCGUGUAUGUCUGUGUAUAUAUGUGUGUAUAUAUGGAGAGGAAGACA